GGCUGAAGUUUCACGGGAGUUCAUAACCGAGACCAGACACACUCAAGUGUCAAGAAACCAACGCUCACUGCUUCUUUCCUAGAUCGUUCAAAAUAAAAUGUAAUCAAUUCAUGCAACUGACAAAGGAUUCAUCUAUUACUAUGUAUUAUAUAGUUUAGUGCCACCUACUGUAAAUAUAAAGGCUUUAUAGUUUAUUUAAACCAGGACUCCACCAUAAAUGUCAAGUAUUAUGCUUUGUUUCAGUGGUGGAUCUAGGAUUUUUCUAAACCAGGGGCUACAAUUUACACAGAGGGGACAAUUAUAUGUCCAACAUCCAUGCACGAUUCCUGAAGCAGUGAGAGGCACAUCAAUGUCCUUUCCUGUUUACUGUGUGGUCUAUAGUUUCGAUUCAAAUCCACACAUCAUUGAAUAUAAUCCAAUGAGUACAAAUUGUCCCUUGUUCACGCACAUACUGUACUUUUUAAAAAAAGGCUCGAAAAUGUUUGCAUUGAUUGAUAGAAUUGUUUGUAUGUGACCAGUUUAUUAAAAGUAUCAUGGAGAGGACAGGGGCACUUCAGGGGCCAAUCCGAUGGCCCCCCCUAGCCCUGCCCAUGGACCGCCCCUGUCACUAACUACCAUUAAAGUACAAUUCUUCCGAAUUAAUUGGUGAGACGUGUUACAACAUUGCAAAAGCGUGUAAAAAUAAAUAACACGUUGUCAUAUUUAUCGUUAACAUUGUUAGUUCCAGCCGUUUUCAGACAUGAACUCCGGAGAAUAUCCGAGCAAUUGGGUCGGAUUUUUACGGAAGUAACAUAUUAACUCCGCUGUGAAGAUUAGUUUUUGUUUGCAACACAUCGUAACCUGCAUCGGCUCUUUUCAUCAAAAUCUCUGUUCUUUUUCUCAUCUUCAUCUCUGUCUCCUGUUAGAAACGUCACCGACACACUCACUCGCUCACUUUGAAACUUCGGCAGAAUCUCCUGUUGUUUUCUUACAUGAGCUCUUUCGGAUAUUCGUCAAAGUUUUGACAAGUGAGAAAGUCCGGAGCCUUGCACUCAGACAUUUGCAUUCUCACAUACAGCUUCUCCGGAGAAUGUCAGGAGAUUAUCCAUCACCACUGACGGGUAGCAGACUUCAAUAACUUUACAAAGCAUUGAACUACACCUGGGUUCAUCACUUUUGAGGGUCCCCUGGAAACAUUUGCUUUGUCGUUUUUUGCAAUUUGCUGCGCGUUUCUGUAUUUGCACGCGUUGUGACUUUUUGCAGCGCAUGUGUCCUCAAAUUGAUGAAGAUGUUUUUCUUAAUUUGCACGUGUUUUCUCCACUGUGCAUGUGCUUUCUUAAUUUGCAGUGUGUGGAGCUCUCUCAGCCGCUGUAGAAAACAGCCUAUGACUACUGACAGCACAGGGGGCACUUCAGGGGCCAAUCAGAUUUUGGCUGGGGCCAGUGCUCCCCCCAUAGGCCCCACCCCUGAAUCCGCCCCUGUACACUUGCAUCCUGUCUGCUCUUAUAGGAACACAAUCAAACACACAGAAAGUUCGUGGUUAAUUAGGACAAACUCUGCAACGCUCACACUCAGCCUAGGAUAAGGGAAUGGCAGAUAAUGCUUUUAUUGUGAACGCUACACUGCAGUACUUCCGCUCUGUGCGUGACUGCUCGUGGUGAAGCUGACUUUAUCCAAACAGCAGCUAUGGAUGUGGAGGCUGGUCUCCGGGGAACCGAGGAGUUGAUGCUGUUAGCUUAGCCCGCGUAGCCUGUUAGCGAGUGAUCCGCCGCUGUGUGUGGGGGGGUUUUGCCACUAUGCUAAUGUAGCGGCAGUUUGACCGCAGCACACCGCAGUGAGCCUGUCGUCUCCCUCCGUAGAGAACCGGCCGAGCUCGAACUCUGACGAGGAGCCAUGCGACAGUGGUGCGUCCCCGCCGCGACCCCGCGCACCGAGCCACUCCCGGGGCGCCUGUCUGUGUCCCCCCCUCCACCAGAUGCCAGAAUGGAGUGCUGCGAGGUGGAGCCACGCUACACAAUCGAACAGAUCGACCUCCUGCAGCGCCUGCGUCUCUCCGGCAUGACCAAACCUCAGAUCAUCCACGCUUUGGAGUCCCUGGAGAGGCUCGACCCAGACCACCGCCCCUCGCACUGCGACUCUCACCCGGCCCCGUCCAACAACACCCCCACCACAGCCGCUCCGGCCCCGUCCUCGUCGUCAUCCUCCUCUUCCUCCUCCUCGCUCUCCCUGGCCUCUGCUACCACGCAGACCUCCGGCCUGGACGGCGCCGCGCUGUCCCCCAGCCACAGCUACGAGGCCUCGCCUCCGCCCCUGUACACUCCCAGUGUGGCGGUACAGCGGUCGUUCAGUUACGACAUGAUGGGUGAGGAGGAGUGGGACCUGGAGGAGAAGGUGGAGGAGUACAUGAGGAAAGACAGCAACCUGGUGAAAGAAGAGAUCAAAACGUUCCUCAACAAUCGCAGGAUCUCUCAGGCAAUCGUAGGCCAAGUUACAGGCAUCAGCCAGAGCUACAUCUCCCAGUGGCUGCUGCAGCAAGGCCUGGAAAUGAGCGACUCCAAACGCAGAGCUUUCUACCGCUGGUACCUGCUGGAGAGGAAUAAUCCAGGGCUGAGGUGGAGUGAAAGCCAGCACAGCGUGAGCCCCAUGCCCAGGGCCAGGGGAGGGGACAGAGACGGGACGGUAGCAGGGGCAAGUGGCAGCCUCCCCAACAUCCUCCCCAACCCCAACACCAACCUCAACCCCAACCCUGUGUGGAGCAGACAGAGAGAGCUGCUGAUGCACUUGCUGCCAUGGUACACUGCUGCCGCUGCAGCCGCCCAGGCCCAGCCAGGUGCCACCUUAUCAAUGCGCUCUCUGGUGAAGGAGGAACCUGACUGGAGGACAGGGAUCAUGUCUGGCGACAGGACAGGGAUAGUGGGUGGACCGCUGAGGCUACGCAGAGGAAGCAGGUUCACCUGGAGGAAGGAGUGCCAAUCAAUCAUGGAGAGCUUCUUCAUGGAGAACCAGUAUCCAGAUGAAGCCAAGCGAGAAGAGAUUGCCAGUGCCUGUAACUCUGUCAUUCAGAAACCAGGUUGUAAACUGUCUGAGUUUGAGCGCGUGACGGCGUUGAAGGUUUACAACUGGUUUGCCAACCGCCGGAAGGAGAUGAAGAGAAGAGCGAAUAUUGAGGCUGCCAUCUUGGAAAGCCAUGGAAUUGAGGUGCCAAGUCCAAGCUGCCACUCAAAUGGUGAGGAGGGGGAGAUGCAAGAGUUUGCUGAUCAGGAAGACGCGUCCUCCCAGAGGAUUGUCGACCAAAUAGACUCCUCCUCACUGGCUACCACAGAGGUGGCAGCCCUGCCAAGCCCCACCCCUCAGGUCCUGGAACAGAAAGAGGAGGAUUCAAAAAGGGAGACUGUGGAUGAAGAGUGACCAAAGCCAGGGAAGUCUGGAUCGUCAUGUUUGAAGUUUAAUCCGAAGAAAUAGUUAAACAAUAAGUGUCCCCUCCUCCACCUUUGUGUGGGGCCUUUGGGGGCUAUGACACCCAACAAUCACAGGCAGAAGGGUGCUGAAGCUCACUGAGGUGCCUCUGAUGGUAAGGAGGCCACUGUAUUUAUCAACAGUAAUCCUGCUUAUAUUAAACGGCAAUAUACAGUAUACAUACAUAUAUAUAUAAAUAUAUAGUGCAUUCCAAGAUGGUAUUAAAAAGCCUAAAUUCCUUAGAGGGAGAAUUAUGUAAAGGAUACCUCGCCCAUUUGAAGCUAAGCUUUUUUUUGUUGUCUCUGCUACGCGCCUUCUUUUAGCUUUUCUUUUUUAAAGAGCGAUUGUUUGAUGGACUGUGGCGACACGAACGUGCUGAGCCUGCAGGUCAGGUUGUGAUCGGUGGAGAAAUUAGUUAAAGGAUCUGGCUUGUGGUGACACGAACACCCUCUGCUUGCUUGAACGUCUUCGAACCCCAUCUGGUUCGUUAAGACUCUAACCUCAAUCAGUCGACUGAUCAAAUCAGUCGAUCAAUCGACGAGUGCUGUUGCUAUCAAACCCGUAAAGCCCUGAGGGACAACUGGAAUCUCAGGUAAUCCCCAAAAAAUGGUGGAAAAAGUCAGAGGAGAAUUGCACCAGGUUUCUUAUUUGUGUCUUAACAUUUGUUGCUUUGUUUUCUUCAUCUUAACUGUAUUUAACCAAAACAGGAUGUGUUAUUUAUACCUUUUUAUAUUAGCCAAACAAGCCUAGGACAAUAUAUCAUAUUAUAUCAUAGUAUCUCUUUUGUCAUCCGUCUUCUUUGUUAUACUUUAUACUGAAUGCUGCUCUUUGGUCAUUUUUGUAGUCCCUCAUUUCAAAUUCUGUCUCAAACCUCAGCCAGUGACGUGAAGCUAGACGAGUCGCAUACGUCUACUGAUGUUUUUCUGUCUUAUUUUGUAACGUUUGAAAGAACGCUAAAUCAAAUGUGAUAAAAACUCAUCAUGCUACGAGCACCUUUCUCUAUUGGAAUAAGCUACAGCCUAAGCUCAUGUUAAGUUUGUAUGACUGCAAAGCUGCACUUCAAAGUGGAUCUCACUAUAACUGAAAGAGGAGCGACUCAGACUCCACCUGCAUUUGGGCCUAAGACAUGUACAUAACCCAGAAAACACACGUCUACAGGUGCUUUCCUCCACAUUGCAGUAGCAGUAUAUAGAAACUGUUAUUUGUCAAACUUGAAAUAUGAAUAGCUGACUUUAACUCUGCAUUGUGUAAUCCCUUAUUAUAUUAUAUCCACUGGCCCAAGGCCUCGGGAGCUCCUCCCUAAAGGUUCAUGAAAUGGACACAGGCGCUUGUUCUCAAACAGCCCCCAAGAGGGCGCUAACAUGUUACCUCCUAUUGCCAAAGCUAUGCCAAGGUAGAGAUGAGCUACAGUAACCUGUGCUUACAGGAACAGGACCAGACGGUCACUACAGUAUAGACAUACAGAGCCUAAUAGAUGUUUAUUUGCUCAGUACAACACUAGCCAACUCUAGUUUACCUCAGAAUAACUGUGUGUCAUGAAUGUGUUACAGGCUGAGUGUCCUCCGACACAGAGCAGCCGUCAUUGUGACUGUUUAUGACGCGGACAGUGUCAUGUAGCAUUUCUGACCUCGGGGUUUGCCUCGUAUCGUAUACUCACCUCAGACCGGUCACUCGUCCGGCUUUGGACAGGAACCCCCAGAGCUGCGCGCUGUUUCUGAUGAGAACGCUCCUCUCUAUCUGCUUUUAUCUGACAACGAGAAAACAAUAACGACAAUAAAAUUGUAAACAACCCAG